GCCGUCUCAUUAAACGCUUGAGCCGCAACUUUAUUUAAAGGAAAUUUCGUAAACCAAGCGCCUUGUUAACUGACAGACGUCCUUGACAUUAUUAUAGCUAAGAUGGCCUCAACUGCUCUUCUUCGAUGCUGUACAAGAGGUGGACAGUUCCUCUUCAGGUCAAAGAUUACCAGCAGUGGUUCUCUAUCAUGCCUCUUGCGACCUGAAUUAACAAGCACAGGCAUUCAAUCGAGUCUACUGAGACCUGAUGUUACAACAAAACAUUUCACUCUUACACCCACACCUUCUGGGGCUCUAGACUAUUUCAGGGCCAGAAGAGGACCUUUUACACCAGCUGAAAAACAAGGAAAUCACAUAAUGUUUUCUUCAACUCAUUGGAAAAUAGAAAGAAUUUUGGCAGUCAGCAUGCUUGGCAUUAUGCCAGCAGCACUUGUGUAUCAAGGGCCAUUGAUGGAUAUGUUUUUAACAAUUCCUGUAUUCAUGCAUGCUUUCUGGGCUUUUGACCAUGUGUUGUCCGACUAUUUGCAAAAGUUUAUACCAUUCAUCCAUUACAUUUGGUGGGCAGUGUCAAUUCUUGCUUUUGCUGGACUCAUGCACUUUAACUACAAUGAUGUUGGAAUUACUAAAGCCAUCGCUAUGCUGUGGAAAUUGUAGACGUGCUUAAAUUAUAUGUAUUGUUUCGUGUCAUACCAGUGAAAAAGUGCUCCGCAAACAAGACAAUGAACAUAAAAUAUUUAAAUAACAGCAAGGGAAGUAACUGUAACUUCUUGUCUCUAAGAUUAUGUAAACAAAUGUUUUGAUGUUAGAUUAUGUAAUAAUUGUUUUGUUGCAUU